AUGAUCAUCCAGAAGAACUUGGUGUCCGAGUUUGGAGCAAUGGAGGAAGAACUAACAAUGAUAGGGAGCUCCCUUCCUGUGCCUUGCGUCCAGGAGCUUGGAAAAGAGCCAUUCACCACAGUCCCACACCGAUAUGUUCGCCCUGAUCAAGAUCCCCCCUUCGUAUCUGAGACGGCCACUUCACUACUCCAAGUACCAGUGAUCGACAUGAACAAGUUACUUUCAGAUGAAACCAUGCCAGCAGAGUUGCAGAAGCUCCACCUUGCUUGCAGACAGUGGGGUUUCUUCCAGUUGAUAAACCAUGGAGUUGGUGAAACUUUGUUGGAGAGUGUGAAGUCGGGGAUCAAAGAGUUCUUCAGUCUCCCAAUGGAAGAGAAGAAACAGUUUUGGCAGCAGCCAGAAGAUAUGGAGGGUUUUGGACAAGCAUUUGUUGUAGAUGACCUAGAAGUGUACUCAGCGGAACUAGAAGAUCUUGCCAAGAAGAUUCUUGACCUCAUGGCAAAAGCACUGGGAGUGGAAGCUAACUAUAUGGAGGAGUUGUUUGACCAAGGGACUCAAAUGUUUAGGAUGAACUACUAUCCACCAUGUAAGCAACCAGAGCUUGUCAUUGGCCUUAACCCUCACUCAGAUCCUGUUGGAUUGACCAUCCUCCUCCAAGUGAAUGAAAUGGAAGGUCUUCAGGUUAGGAAAGAUGGAAGGUGGACUCCGAUUAAACCCCUAAACAAUGCUUUCAUCGUCAAUGUUGGAGAUAUUUUGGAGAUUGUGACGAAUGGAAUUUACCGUAGCAUUGAGCAUCGGGCUACGGUGAACCAGGAGAAGGAGAGGCUGUCGAUAGCUACUUUUUACAGUCCAAACUUGGGAGGAGACCUGGGUCCUGCUCCGAGCCUCAUUACUCCAGAGAGACCAGCAUUGUUCAAGAGAAUAGGUGUCGCAGACUACUUCAGGGCACUUUUUGCCCGCAAACUCGAGGGGAAGUCGUACAUAGAUGUCAUGAGGAUUCAACAUGGUGAUGAGGAUGGCAAUGGCACCCAAGACUAGAUGUGCUCUAAAGCUAGCUUACCUUAG